AUGUCAUUACCAAAUACCACGAAAUGUAUGCCAACUACAGGAACAGGGCAGAACGUUACUUACAGUGUGAAUCUAAAGUCACAUGGGCUACAAAAUAAGAAAAGUUACCAGCAACAGAGUAGUUCUAAAGUUAAGCAAGCAACAAUAGUAACAGCUAGAAGUCCAGUAACAAAUACACUACCCACGCUAAGCAUGCCGCAUCGAAGUGAUUCAGAACCACACUCAGUACCACUACAGGAAAAACCACAAAAGCAGGCGUUGCCUAAAUGCGUCGUAACUCCUCCACAGAUUUCAACGUCUCAUAGGGAAAGUCCAGAAGUAUGUUAUCACCAAGCCCAUGCACAACAGUCGCCAGCCAACAGCAAUCAAAACACACAACCACGAGAACAAAAGCAUCAAAUCGAAGAGCAUGAUUUAUCAUCACGCCCAGCACUGCUACAAUGUUUAACGAUAGUACCAGAGUCAUCACAUGUCAAUCAUCCAUUGUGUCAUUCGCAAAGUAAUUUCAAAUCAUCGUCGCAAACGCCACGGUGUAAUUCGCAAAGCAACUUUAAACCAUUGGUACAACCAAAGAAACUUGAGCAGCAGUCUCCACCUCCUGUUAAUCAGCAACAAGCACAACGAGAAGCAUCACCAAGAAAUAAUCGCCAGUCUGGUCCACCAUCAUCUCCGUCAUCGACUACAUCGCCACAGAGGAAACCUACUACAAUACAGCCAGUAUCGAACAAUCGUCAUGUACAACCUACAAAUCCAUUAGAUAUCAAUGUUUCAGAUAGUAAACUUAAUACAGAACUACCAAGCCAAGAAACUCAAGCAAAAGAUAAAGUCAAGUGCGACAGUCAACAAGAACCAUGGUCGCCGCAAGAGGAAUUGGAAGUCGUUCAACCAAGCACAAAAGGAAACAAACCAGAAACACUAGUAAGACGUCUAGGCACCUUUAAACGAAAGGAUGACCAUCAUCAUGUCAAAAACCAAGACGAAUUCUUGAAAAUAUUCAAGAGCCCAAAGAAACGACACAGAAAUCAUGCAGAGAAGUAG